ACAGAAGUCAGCUCACUGUCACGGGGUAAACUUCAUGUAAUAAACCGACGCUGACCAGACAAGACAACACAGUUUGGGUGAAAUCGUCCGAAAAUGGGUCACUGUGUUUUUCUUGUUUUAGUGGCUUUAUUUUCAGUCACGUCGGCACAGUUUAUACCACCGUACACAGAAGACUGCCGGAAAGAAAUGUAUCCACCAAACGGUCCCACGUUCAGAGGAGCUGUCAGUUGGUACACAGUGGACCUCGACUCGCCGCCCAGCAAGAGAUGGACGCCUCUGAUUACUGACAAAAAAGCAGAUCUCAUCAACAUGAUUCAGGCCAUCAAAGACUUGGCUGAUGCUUUUGUGCCCAGUGGAAGACUGAUCGAGCUGGUUGACAUUACACUGCCUUUGAUGGUUGACACACUCCCAAGUCCUUUCAAUGAUGAAAUCAAAGGAAUUGCCACAGCUUCAGGGAUUCCUCUUGGUGAGGUUGUCUUGUUCAACAUCUUCUAUGAGGUGUUCACUGUGUGCACAUCAGUUGUUGCAGAAGACGAUAAAGGUAACCUCUUUCAUGGCAGAAAUCUGGAUUUUGGAUUAUUUAUGGGCUGGGACAUUAAAAACAAGUCAUGGAUCAUUAGCGACAAGCUGAAGCCUCUAGUGGUUAACCUGGACUUCAAGAGAAAUAACCAGACUGUCUUCAAGUCUACAAACUUUGCUGGAUAUGUUGGCAUGCUGACUGGCAUUAAACCUCACACAUUCACUCUGACUAUGAAUGAACGCUUCAGCCUUGAUGGAGGAUACAUUGGAAUCCUGGAGUGGAUCCUGGGGAAGAGAGAUGGGAUGUGGAUGAGCUUUCUCACUCGCUCUGUAUUAGAAAAUGCCAACAGUUAUGAGGAGGCCAAAACUCGCCUGGCUCAGACAAAGCUGCUCGCCCCAGCCUACUUCAUCCUGGGGGGAAACCAGACAGGCCAAGGCUGCAUCAUCACCCGCUCCAGACUUCUGAGUAUCGAUUUGUUAGAGAUUGACCUGAAGCUGGGCCGGUGGUAUGUCCUGGAGACAAACUACGACCACUGGGAGGAGCCUUUGUUCCUGGACGACCGCAGAACUCCUGCCAUGAAGUGCAUGAACCAGACCACACAGAAGAACAUCACUCUAAAGACCAUGUACGAUGUGCUCUCAACCAAACCAGUGUUAAACAAGCUGACCACAUACACAACACUGAUGCAAGUGUCUGAAGGCAAACUGGAGUCAUAUAUCCGUGACUGCCCUAACCCCUGCAUGCCGUGGUGAUCCUCUGAGCACUGAACUCAGAUCAGUCUGUCAAUGCUUAGCUGAAUAGAGGCAGUGAGUAAGACGAACUAAGCUGAUCUUGGGACAAAACAUCAGACUGUUCCUUUAAGUGUUUGCACAGCUAUUGCUCCCCUGAACCAAAGUUUGUCUCACUAAUGUCAUUUUGACAUUCGUUGUCUCUUUCUCUGACAAUUCAGGAAAACUUUAAGCUUUACUGAAAAUACUAAAUCCUACUUUUUCUGUAAUGAGGGAAAUUGGUACACAAGUGAAUCAACCUUGUAAAUAUUUUUCCUUUUGUUUUAUAUGUGGAUCUCAACAUGGGGUGUAGGGACCCCUGAGAUGAACGCAGAUGUGUAUAAUUAUAAUAAUUCGACCUUUUUGUACAGUACAAUUUCUCAAAUGCAGCCCCUACUCACCAUUUUGUGCCUGCAAGUCUUAGUGUCAAAAGGCCCUGCUUUAUUAUUUUUUUUCCUCAGAGCAGGGUUGUGAACAACUCAAAAGGUUGAGAACAGCUCAGUUACAGGUACUGUCUCACCACAGAACUACUGACCAUUUAACACAAUACUACUAAAUGUACCUCACUGUUAUUAAAUUGAUUCAGUUGAACUGAA